GUAUAGAAGAAGAGAUGCCAUGAAGUUGCUUUCCACCAACCAUUAGCUUUAUUCUUCCACGUCCCCACCCUCUCUCUUCUUUUACAUUUCUUCUCCUUUCUCUCAUCAUUCUUUCAUAGUUCACAAACCCUUCUUUCCACCAUCACAGUUCAUGUCAUUGCCAUGAUACAUCAUAUCUAUAAUGGCUAACUUCCAAUUCCGCCCAUUUUUCUCCUUUUUUAUCCUCCUCUUCCUCUACCUAGGCUGCUUCAUCUUCUCCUCCUCCCACAAUCGCCAAAACCGCCGGAAAAGGAAGCUUUCUCAUGAUCACCACCAGGUCAACCACCAUAGACUCAGCCCACCGAAAGCUUUGUCCUCUUCCUGGUCCUUCAUCAAAGGCCUCUUCUCCUCUAAGCCUAAUUCCUGCCUACUCCGAGUAGUUAAGGCUCCUUCAAUCCCAUCCCCAUCCUCUUCCACACGUUCCUUACGAUUAAACCAACCCAUUAUUGUCCCAUUCAGACCGCCGGAAACUCGUGUAUCGGACUAUCCAUUCGUUUCGAAGCGACCAGAAUCCGAUAUCUCCUCCGAUCAGCAAUUCUUCCCUCUGCUUAACAACAUCUACCCAUGUCCAAUUUGCGGCGAAAUCUUCCAAAAAUAUAGUAUUCUUGAACACCACCAGUCUACAAAGCAUGCAGUCUCAGAGCUCAUCGAUGGCGAUACGGGCAAGAACAUCGUUCGGAUAAUAUUCAAAACGGGUUGGCCCGAUAAGGCAAAGGAACCCACUAUCCAUCGGAUCCUUAAGAUCCAUAACGGUCCCAAAAUACUAGCCAUGUUCGAGGAUUACAGAGAAUCCGUGAAAUCAAAGGCAGCUAAAACCGGCGCCGUAAAGAGCAGGGACGAGCGAUGUAUAGCUGAUGGCAAUGAACUGCUGAGAUUCCACUGUGCGACUUACACUUGUGACCUGGGGCAAAACGGUAAUUCCACUUUAUGCAAUCAGUUGUACUGCGGAGUUUGCGGGAUUAUACAGAGUGGAUUCUCACCCAAGUUGGACGGGAUUUCCACGCUACUUACUAGUUGGAGAGCGCACGUGGCAGUCCCAGAGGAGAUGGAACGAGAGUUCGAGUUCAUGCACGUGAAACGCGCCAUGUUGGUCUGUCGGGUUAUAGCAGGUCGGGUCGGGUGUGAUCCCGUCUUGUUUGAUAAGUACGAUCCAGGAUUUGAUUCCUUGGUGGGCCGGGGAACCGGGUUUUCCCCAAGAUUGGACGAUGAAGAUGAAUUAUUGGUAUUUAAUCCAAGGGCUGUGCUUCCUUGCUUUGUGAUAGAGUACAAAGUAUAAUCGGGUUUAAUAAGGUGACGGGUGGGGGAAUCGGGUUUUACCCGAGAUCGGAUGAACUGUUGUCGUUCAAUCAAUGGGCUGUGCUUUUUGGUUUGUCAUAAAGCAGACAGUGUAAACCAAAUGAUUUUCCUCUUUUAGUGCCAUAUUGUGCUUGCUUUUUUGCCUUUUUCUUUACUUUAGUUGUGAGAUUGAAAAUUAUUGUUUCCAAUCCAAUGGGGUUAUUUAACCAUAAA